AUGAACUCUACAGUACUCCCGGAUAUGUCAGGGAUGGACGUCUUGGGGUUGAACCUCUCAAACCCAAGUUCUCAAUUGACAGCGUCUCACCAAACUCACCCCUAUGCAUCCUCGAUCUCCUCCUCCGCCUCUUCCUCUUCCUCAUCUGUAUUCUCCCUCGAUUGCGUCUCCUCGCAGAGUUCGAUAUCAUCGACAUCGACCAACCCGGUUGACGUGAUUUGGGAGAAUGAGAGUAAUAGCCAGUUGGCGGGAAGAAAUCCGAAUGGAGCCUGUCCCCGGACUUUUGCCAAGGGACCUGCUUCCAAGGUGGACGGUGUAGUGCCAUCCGAGCUGCGAACGCACCCUCGGCGCACUAACAGUUAUUCUUCUAGCGCUCCCAGUGCGCGCCCUCCGCCAUGUCUGCUACGGCAGUCGGAACGGAAGGUGAACUUCGUCGACAACCUCGUCGACACCGCAUCACAGAUUGUUGAGAUCAUCUGGCCCCUUUCCGCCGCAGCAUCCCGCAGUGAUGCCGCGACUGGAUCCAAAGGGGUUCUUCCUCUCCGUACUUUUAUCCAGGAGACACUCCGCCGCUCCCGUACUAGCUACAGUACCUUGCAGGUGGCCUUAUAUUAUUUGAUUAAAAUCAAGCCCCACGUGCCCACGCAUGACUUCACCAAGGAGCAGCCUCGGGAUCAGUCGCCUUUGCGGGCGAUGCAGUGUGGACGUCGGAUGUUCCUGGCAGCGCUGAUUCUCGCUUCAAAGUAUCUGCAGGAUCGCAACUACUCCGCUCGUGCCUGGAGCAAGAUUUCUGGCCUCAAUACUCUUGAGAUUAACCAGAAUGAGCUUAUGUUCCUCAAGGCUGUCGGAUGGCGCCUGCACAUCGAUGAGGCAACCUUUCAGCGUUGGACUGACUUGGCCUUGAAGCUGACCCCUGGUGCCGGUGGACCCCCGGUUGCUAAAGGUCAGUGCUGGCAGACUGUCAUACCCAGACUCACCCCUGAACUGGACUUUGUAGAGUCAGAGCCCUUGACCCCGGUUUCGGCAAUGGGUGGGAUGGAUCUCGGUCUCUCGGAAUACCUCUCGCCUCGUAGUCUGCCAAGCAACGAGUCGGUGCGCUCCUUGCCGCGCGAACAAAAUCCGACUUACCAUCGGAGUCUUCCGCGAACCCUGGAGCCGACUCCGCGCAUGGAUUUUGCCAACUUGGCUUUGCCCGGUAUUCCACGGCCUAUGAUGCUUCCCACGCCACAGUUGACCCCCAAUCCCAAGUGUCGUCCACUCCUGCUGCGAGUGUGA